ACCACACCCUGUACUCCAGUUAUGAUGCAUUUCAUGGGUAACAUACUGUUGCCCUAUAUUACCCAGUACACCUCCAACUCAGUGGCUUUAUUUGAGCUCAGAGGUCUUUGAGAAAGCAACACCAGCUGAACGGACUCCCCGUCAGUGGAAAGAGAAUGAUGGCAGAGUGUGGGGUCGAAAGUCAGCAAACUCAGAGGCGUCUUGGUGAAAAGAAGCAUAAAAACGGAGAACUCACAGACUCAGAUCUUCCAGAAGAGGAGAAGAAGAAGAGAGACAGGGAAGACCAUGAAAGCCUGGUGUUAUGGAAGAGGCCUUUGCUCACACUUUACUACUUCUCCCUGGAGCUGUUCAUCACUCUUAAAGCGUGGAUGUGGAGGCUUUGGCGUCAAAGACAGACAGUGUUUGGACUUGUGAUGCUGCUUAUCCUUCUCUCUAUUGCUUACCAUAUUGAGGGACCACAUCAGAAGUACGUGCGCUACAUGGAGAAGAAGACGCUGUGGUGCGCCUAUUGGGUCGGCCUGGGUAUCCUCUCCUCUGUGGGUCUUGGCACUGGCUUGCACACCUUCCUGCUCUACCUGGGACCUCACAUUGCAGCAGUGACUCUGGCAGCCUAUGAAUGUGGUUCGGUGGAAUUCCCUGAGCCUCCCUAUCCGGACCAAAUUGUCUGUCCCCAACAGGAAGCACCAACAUCCGGCCCUGGUGCUGAGCAGGUGGAUGUGGGGGCAGACAGGAUGGUGGCCCCAGCGGGCCUCCAGGGAAGCAUCUCCCUCUGGACCAUCAUCUCAAAAGUUCGUCUGGAAGCUUGUAUGUGGGGCGCUGGUACCGCUAUAGGGGAGCUCCCUCCUUACUUCAUGGCGCGGGCUGCCCGCCUGUCUGGUUCUGAUCCAGAUGAUGACGAUUACCAGAAAUUUGAGGAAAUGCUGGACCAGACCGAGUCCGCCCAGGAUUUUGGAUCCCGAACGAAAGUAGCCAUCCAGAAGCUCAUCCAGAAGGUCGGCUUCUUUGGGAUUUUAGCCUGCGCCUCUAUCCCGAACCCGCUGUUCGACCUGGCCGGAUUAACGUGCGGACAUUUUCUGGUCCCCUUCUGGACGUUUUUUGGUGCAACGCUGAUUGGAAAGGCUGUGAUCAAAAUGCACAUUCAGAAACUGUUUGUGAUCAUCACCUUCAGCAAGCACAUUGUGGAGCAGAUGGUCUCUCUCAUUGGCUCAGGCUUUGUCAGCCUGAAGUUGAUGACAGAAAGCAGGAAAGACUCAAAAUCAUCCAGCGCGUGCAGGACUGGAUCAGGGAGCUUUCCGGUGUUUGGCAUGCCGUCUCAGUCCUCUCGUUUGAUCUGGAGCGAGACGCUGCGUUGAGGCUGAGCUACUCGCUCGUAUUUGUGCCAGUUUUUCCAGCCUUCACUUUGAGAAAAGCUGCAGUGAUGGGGGGCCGUCGGAUGGAAGUGUUUGGGAUUCAGACUUGUUUACAUCAACUCACCAACUGUUGGGGGAGAGCUGGAGGAUAUGGCUUAAAAAUAAAAUGAAGUUUUUUGGGUAUUUCUUUUUCAUAACAAAGGCGAUUUCCAAUUUAAAUCGACGUUUUUCUUGCUUUCUUCUCUGAAAUAAACGGAAAAUAUUUUCAAUAAGUGGCUCUUAUUGCCAUCACCUUUCUUUGAGUUGUGCGGAGACGUAUUACGGCCUGGUUACGAGAAUGUUUAUUUCAUUCUGAGGAUACAGUUGAAUAUUAGCAGAAUAAAGAUGCAAUUUUACCAGAAAAAACAUCUUAGAAUUACAAGAAAACUGUUGUUUUAAUGAAAAAAAGCUUUGAUGGUCAUCUGAUGUGACCAGCUCAGUUAGUGUGUUUAAUCUUUAUAGAUUCAGUUCUUUGCACAAUCACUUCUGAGUCCUUUUACUGAUAAUUUGAUGCUGAUGUGUUAAAAAGUGAAAUAUUUCUAUAGCGGUAAGUAUUAUCUAUAAAACGUAUAUCAAAGUAUAACUUCAUGAGAUUCUCAACAUUCCACAUUUUUAAUUAAAAAAUAGGACUUUAUUCACUUAGUGAGAAAACAAUAACAAACAAUCUUAGCCUGUCCCUACUUGGUCGCACAGUUGACCUUAAUUCAAAGUCCAAAUAAACAGACGCUGCAAAGCACAGUUGUCAAACAAGAUGGCCGCCUUGGGCGUUCUGACAUCACGCGGAACUCUGAAAACCCAAGGAGUGCAAAAAUCAGGAUUUGUUUUGGAGAAUCCUGACUUUCCAAAAAAUAAAUGUUCAAAAACCAAAAAUUUGAUUCAUUGAUAAAAAUCAAUUUGAUCACCCAGUCCUUGAAGGGACUGACUUGAGUUCCUACAAAUGUUGCAGAGAGAAGAGAAAAAAAUCUAACUGAAAUAAUAUGACUAAUCACAACAAUAGUUUCAUCUUCUGGCUCGUCUUCUCAGUGAUCCUCACUUAAAUCCAUCGUAUUGAUUGAGUCAGCCCGUCUCCACAUCUUGCAUAAAACUUGAUAAAUCAACGAGGCAUGUGUCAUGGGAGGGCGUCUCUCUGUCAUAUUCUGGUGGCGAAAGCAGAAAGAGAGAAUCCAAAACUCAAAAGCAUAACCAGCAUGGACUGAUGUGCUGAGCCAGGAUGGACCUGUUGCCAUGUGAGUGUGUCUCCAAGGCAGGAGGAGUCCGUUACCGGCACACUGGUAACGCACUCGGGUUGCUGCUCCUGCAGCACGAGGCUGUCCGCUUUAGGAGGUCCCAGCAGGCCGCUCUUGUUACUGGGGCGUGAGGAGGUUCGCUGGUGUGAACUAUCAAACCAGAGGUGGGUAUCAGUGAUGAGCUGCGAAUCUUUGCACGGCAGUUCCAAGUCAAGGCCAAAUUCACGUCUUUAAUUAUAAGUUUAAACAAGUUAAGACAAGUUGUCUUUUCAGCCUUUUGGAUCCCAAAAGAGCUGCUGUGAGUUUCCAUCGUCUUCAUUCAGCACCAAAAAAAAACUUUUACCUGGAACAUUGUUUUGUUUUAUUCAAACAAUCUAUAACAAAAUGGUAAGACUUUUAUUCCCAAGAAGUAACAGCUCAAUGCUUUACUGAAGUGGUAGUUUUUAAUGCAAAUGUUGCUUUUCUGUUACUUCUUUAGUUUCUUUGUUAGAAAUCUGUCAGAAUUAGAAAAUAAAUCAAUGAAAUCUGUCCGUACAUGUUUCAUACGCUGUCACACCUGUGCAAAAUAAAAAUAUCUAUAAAAAUGCAAAGUUAAAACAUCUAUGCAUUGACAAAAACAUCCACACAAAGACUUUAAUCUUUAGGAGACAUUUAGUUUAGUUCCUAACACCUUAACUGUAACAAGAGCUUUAAAAGUGAGUAAUCCUACAACCUGAGGCCUAAACACAUAGAAGCUACUUUUUAAAAUGGGUCUAUUUAGUAUCUUUCUAUUACUUAAUUAAUCUAAAAGUCUGAUUUUCCUACAUUUACAGUUAAAUACAAUUGAUAUGCAUGUCACAUUUAUAAUAAAAAACACUUUCAAGAAAUUUUACCAACAGAAACGGAUUCUUUUCCUUCUGGGGUUAUUCUCAUUACUGACAUCGCAAGCAUUCUGAAUAUUUGAUUUCUAAAUGCGUACAAAUAAAAGGACUUUAUUUUUUUGUUUCUUACUAUUUUUUGCUCCAAUUUUCCAACUAUAUACUGAUAACCCCAACAGAUUUAGAUCCAGCGUAAUCCUUUAAUGUUGUUUCUUCCGAUUGGAAGGAAUAGUAACUAUUUUUAGUGACCCAAACAGAUUUCUGACUUGAAUCUGAUGGAGAUCCGGUGGAGGGAUCUGAAGAUUAGGGUGAUCCCCUACGAGGCCUUCCGACCUCCAAAAGUUACGACAGAAAUUUGGAGGAUUUAGAUUUCAAAUUAUCAACCUAAUGGUGGGGAAAAAAAGGACACAUCUCUUUACAUUUAAAAAGAACUGAGUAAAAAUAGUUUUGAAAAAAAAAAGAGAUUUAUCCAUGUGAAUUUACACAUUAUCUUUAAACACCAUGGGGAAAAAUAUUUAUACACUUUAAGCAAGGUUACAUGGUGUUACAACAAUCAAACCUUCAGCUUUUUUCUUCCACUUGUAUUUUGAUGAUAUGUCUUUGAGGUUGUGAAGCCUCCGUUCCAUCACCCUAAUCUCAGUGUAAAUAUCAAAAUAAACUUAUAUAAAUAAUUUAAAUAGCCAUACUAAAGCUGAAAUCCUGGUCAAAAUUUUAAAAAAUAGCCACAGAGAUGUGAUUCUCCAUUAGUUUCAACAGAGUCACUCUAGAAUGUUUCUUCCAAUUUGAAGAAACAUUUUGGUAGUUCAAUCAUUUCUUUCAACCUAAAUCUGAGGGAGAUAUCUGUUUAUAAAAUGCUACAAUUUAAGUAGGUGGAAAUUAACGUGCAACAAAAAUAAGUCAAAUGAAGCUCUUUUAUUUGUAUGCAUUUAGAAAUAGAAUAUUCAGUGUUUCUGAUGUCAAUAAUGAGCUGUAAAGGAAUAAAAACAGAUCUCAUUUUAAUCCUGAGUGCAGCUCCAGAAGGAACGAGGUCUGCUUCAGUUUGCACUAUUUAUUCAGAAUGUUUUAAAUAGAAUUUCCAUGUAACAUGCGUAAAAAUUAGAUUUAACACCAGUACAUAUUAUUUCAGAGUUUUUCUUGUUUAAAAUGUUUAGAUUCUAAAACAGGUUGGACAGCAAAGGUUUUGCUGCAUGAAGCCUUUAACUCACGCAGACAUGGCGUUAUUCAAUCAGGCGGCCCAAAUGCAGAUUUAAAAGUUUUAUCUGUUCAUUCAGAGGAAAAUGUAGCAGACAGACAAUCUGUCUAACUUUAUAGAGUGAAUUCAGGGAAUACUUCACCGAGCUUGAAGUAAUCCCGUACUUUAAACCACUUCAGCUUUUGAAAUCAUUGAAAAACUUUUAGAACCUGCCUAAUUUGUUACUAAAGCCAAUGUUUAUUCGCUAUGGUUCAUCUUAGAUGAAACUAACCAAAGCAUGACACCAAACCCGAUGACAUAUGUAGCACGCACAUUUACGACUGUAGACAGAACUGAACAAUUUAGCUGAAAAGCUUAAUCGGAUUAAACGAUUAUUGAAAUAAUCAACAACUAAUUUAGUAAUCAGUUAAUUGUUAACUGGGUUAUACAGACUCUAAAGAAGGCCAUUUGCUGAAGGAAUAAUACACUCAAAGCAGAAAACAAGCCAAAACUCUACAAAAUAUAUACUUUGCAUUUAAGAUUAAAAAAACAAACUGUUUUGUCUGAAUAUGUUCUACCCAGAACUCCCCAAGUGGCAGUUUUAGCUAAAUCAGAUUCAAUUUCUGUUAAGGAAAUUUUCCUAUUAUUAUUCUCCAGUUGUUAUUAAUACAAAAAUGAAUCAACAGAUUCGUCCUACACUGUUGAUGGUAAGUCAAACAGAAAGGCUGCUCUUUCCACAGAUGCAUCUUUUGCUACAAAUUGAUCAAGCACACACUAAAGAAAUGCGAUGUUGUCGCAUGUUAGACAAUGAAAUGCGCAUUUUAUUAUCUAUUAAAGGAAUUAAAUUAUUUGUCUAUGUAUUUCUAAUAUUGUAUAAAAAGGCUUAAAUUAAAAAUCUGCAAGGUGUGCCAAUUUUUUUUAUCCGAUUAAUCGAUUAAUCAAUAGAAUAAUAACUAAAAUAAUCAGUUGGUGCAGCCCUUCUGAAUACAUUGCGGUCUGGGGGGGAUUUUUGAACAGUAAGUUCAAGAAACUUACUGUCUAAUUUUUUUUAACUGUGCUGAAAAGAAAACGUUGAUCGGUUAUUUGAACCGCCGUCAUCCAGUCAGACGAUUAUCCCCAACAGCACAAGUAUUUUUCUGUGCCUGAUGCAGAUUGACGCAGGAGAAGAAAACCCUUUCUCUCUCUCCCUCUUUUUUUUUGUUGUCUUUUUUUUAUGGUGACUAUGAUUCAUUUUGAACGGAUAAUAAAAGCUGAAGACUCAAAUCGUCAUGCAGCUGCUUCAUCUGAUCCCGAGGAGCUAAACUAAUGUGACGUGCGAUGACAGUGAGGUAUAGUUGCAGAAAGUGUUUGAUGAAAAACAUUCUUGUAGGUGAUUUCAGUUAUUUUUCUUAUCUUUAGAGCGCCUUUUGAUCAGCAAUGGGACAUGACCUCAUUCUGGUCUUCUCUUGUUUUUAGAAGGGACCCUGCAGACUGUUGGGAGUAGGUGUAGACUCUUUGAUUUAGCACAUGAACUGAAUCAUUGCACAGCUUUUAUAUUGUGUACAAUUUAAAUGUUGAGGUCAGAGACCAAAGCUCAAGGAAAGUAAUGAGUGGAUCACUCAACUUACGUUGCAGGUUGCUUUUUUAAUGCCUUCAAAUACAAAAUGAUCUGUGCUUCUUAAACCAAGAACUCCUGAAAUCUAAAUGAAAAGAGCCAUUAAGAUUUGAUAAACAUUGUAAGCUCUUGCACAUACUUUAAGGCUCACUCAUUCUCCUUAUCUUUUUGUUCUUCUGCAAAUAGAUAAGAAAAAUGAUUUUUGUACCUGAAAUUGGUAUGCUUAGAGGUUAAACCAGUAGAAAGUGACUUGAAUCUAAAGAAGAGAAUAUAUUUUGAAUCAUACAAGCUGCAGAAGAAGUUUGUGGAUAAUUUUAUCUUCUUUUAUCUUGCCUCUCAUUUCCUGUUUCCUAUUAUGCUCAUGUAUAAAUGUAUAAGUAGAGAACUGAAAUUGCAGAGGGUUCAUGCAAAUCACACUGUUCUGGGUAUUCACACUCGUUCUAUUAUUUGUGUACUGAACUGGUGGUGUGUGAGGGGAGAAAGAAAACGUCUGUUACAGUUUGUUUCCACUGACAUAUUCACUCAUCUUAAACACACACGCACACACACGCACACACACUCCUAGCUCAUACAGAAACAAGGUUUGUAUAGUUUCAAAGUGAAUGUAUGGCUGUCUUCACUAGAAGCAACUGGGAGAUCUAAAAAUCACCUACCAUGAAGGGGGUUUUUUUUUUUUUUGGCUUUCUCUCCUUCCCCACAUUUACCUGGGGCAAUUAGUUGUCUUAAUCAGCCAAAAACAUAUAACUGAAAAACGUAUAUAUACAUUUACACUCCUGUUUUCAUGAGUAAAGUCUUCCUGCUCGUUAAGUCUGCAGAAAUGGAGACAUUUUGUCACUGAAAAGCGCUCUGACAAAGAUGGAAUUGAUCAGUCCUUCCACUGCUAACCAAAACACCUCCAAUAAGGUGAUGAACAUGACAGUCGCAGCGUUAGAAAGCCUCGGCGGCCUGCAACACACUCCGUUAUGUCGUCAUUACGUUUAAUGCAGGGAUCAGCAGGGGUGUCCGUUUUCCCGUCAUAUCCACUUCAGCUUCUGAUUAGACGACGUCUGUCCUGCUAAAUGAAAUUCGCUCAGAUCCACAAAUGUUACAUGACAUUUUGAACAACAACAACAAAAAAACAAAAAAACUUACAAUUGCUUAUAAAUAUCUUCUGUUGGAAAUUUGUCAUUUUUAAAGAGCCACCACUUUCCUUCUUUUAGGUUUUAAAAUAAUACUUUAUUUUGGUGGAAACUUUGGCAAAAAGAAAGAAUGUUUCUUCUGUGGAUUAUUGAUGUUUAUCAAAUGAUUUUGUGACAAAAUACUAAAAGAAGGACAUGGUUUCUAAUCUAAUCACUGAUAAAAAAGAAGAACAGAACAUUUCAAAGUUAUUAAGAGCCAUAGUGGAAAGUUAAAAGAAUCACUGGCGACUCUGGAACCACAGGCUGCAGACCCCAGCCUUAGACUUUUGAGUCUCUGACACAGAGGAGCAGUGGGAGGUUUACCUGCAGGCCGAAAGGUCGAACGGAAGCCAUUAAAGACGAUACUGCAUGGGAUAUAUUUCCCGUAAUAAAAACUCGACUGAGUGACAAACUGUUUAUAUCUGCUGCGAGGUACCACAAUAUUUUUUUUUUGUAAGUGUGCUGAAAAAAUAAAACGGUAAUUGUGCUUUGUGUGCAUUUGGAGUGUUGGAAUCACAGGAAGCACAAGAAUCACGAAGGGCAGCUGGAAUUAGUGAACAACGUCAGGGACGAGACAUGUUUGGUUGUUCUGGUUCUGAUCUGAUAUUUUUAUGAAGCUGUACAAAGUACAGGCAAACAUCUUUGAAGAGAAAAUUUUAUUCAAAACAUAAAAGAGGAAAAAAAUUACAAUUAACAGAUAAGUCUGAUUGGGCCUAAUGUAAUGUCACUAGUGGAACAUGUGCAGGGAGUUUUGUUUUUCGGGAAGUACAUUUUAUCUUUAUCAAAAAAGCUUGUUAUAGCAAAAAAAAAAAAAACAUGACAAAUGAUUCAAAAAUCUUGGUUCCUAGAUGGCUGACAUUUUAUGAUGAGGGUCUCUUUUAUAUAGUUAAUUGUUCAAGCAUUCAGAUGUUAUUCUGUGAUCCGGAGGGGUCAGACACUCUUAGGGAUUUUUAAGUGAGAACGACUAGAAGGAGUUUUCCAUUUUGACAAAUGUGUCAAACUGAUGUCCAAGCAUGCCUGCAAUACAAUUAAAUUAAAGCUUAGAAUUUGGUGUGAUUUUCAUUUUUACGGUUAGUUGUAGCAAACAGUAAGAAAGAAUCAAAUGCUCUGAGGGGGUUGGUUGUCCCGGUUAUCAAUGUGAUUUAAUUCAAGAACAUUUUAAAAUAUAUUUUUCAAUCGGAUACAGACCUUAUAAAGUGCACUUCAUAUUUAAAUUAUGCAAUACAUUAUGCAAGCAGCAAUAAUUUGUGCAAAAAAAAUGUGAAUUAUUGUGUUUGAACAUUUGUGACCAGUAGGUAGAGUCAGUGACACAAAAAGUGAGUGUCAGAAAAUACUGUUAAGAAAUCUGCCACAUGGCUUUAGCCGCUAGCUGAAAAACAAAUUUAUGUCAAAGCCAUUUGGCUUUUUAGUUUUAACAGUUUGUGAUCUUUUAAUAAAAAAAAUCAGCCUGAAAAUGACUCACUAUAAUCUCAGAAUUGCACUGCAAUAUGUGGUGUGUCAGUAUAAACCUGGUGGACGUUAGUUAGAUUGGAGGAAUUGUAAUUGUAGUUCAUGGAGUUUUUGCAGAAAAAUUCUGUAUUUAAUUUAUGUAUUUGUUUUUGUAACAUGGCUUCAUUUUCAUUUCCUCGGUUAGAACUAAAAUUGUUACAUUAUAUUAUAUAUUUUACAGACACAAGUACAGUUUAACUUGAAGGAGUGAAAUUGAAUUAGUGGCUACUUCUUUUUGAACAUAUUAAAGGAAUUAAAUAUAUAAGUCUGUCGUCCCUGAAUUAGGUUGUGCUACUUAAUGAAACAUAUAAAUUUUGCUAUUAUGAGACCAGACACAUUUUAAAUAAACGUAAAUGUACAAUUAUUAUGGGUGUAAUAAUUAAUAUGUUGUUUCAGCAGGAAUAAGAGGAAUCCGUAUACAUUAUAAAUGAAAGCAUCUGGCUCUUGUUAAACAUUCAUGUUAUUUUUCUGAGUAAUUGCAAUAUUUUGAAUUUCCAGUAUUUUGACUCAAUAUUAUUCUACGCUGAGAAUCUCAUAAUGAUCCAUACCUACCCUUGUAUCUCUCUUUUUUGGACACACAAGCUGCUCCCUCAUCAGAUUAUUCCUGCGAACGUUCAGGCCAAGUUUCCAGCAAAUGAUGAGCGGAUGACAAAUGACCUACAUGUCGUUUUUAGAUAACAGUAUGACACUGAUUCCUUUUUAGAACGGCUAAUUUGUCAGGGGGAACACAACGUGACCUCAGACUCUUAAUCAGCAGAGUCCAACAGAAAGACCCAAGAUCCUCCGUAACGUCUCACCAGUCGCCAUGAUGUUGUGUGUGGGUGUGUGUGUGUUUGUGUGUGUUUUGGAGGCGAGUCACCCCAGACACGACCUGACUCAGAAGGCAGCUGGGCAGACAUCCGGGCCCCGCUCGCUCCCAGCUUUGUAUCAGUCACACCUCGGUGAAAACAGGCAUAUUGUUCCCCAUCAGCAUCUUUUCCUCGGAAGGAGCAAGUCACUCAGAGGGAGCAGUGUUAAGUGUAUGAGCUGCAUUGUUAAGACGUAGGGAGGGAAGGACUCGGCUCCAGUCUGAAAGCUGAGACAUCUUCCUCUUACAGUAAUGUUAUGGUCCAGAUACAGUAAGAGGAGGCGUGGUUCUGUUUCUGAAUAUUUAACCGUAUUUUUCAGAUACAAUCUUGUUUAAACCUUGCUGCUGUUUUCAUCUAUUUCAUCUCAAAGCACACCGACAUGCAGACACCAAGUACUUUCACUUUGCUUUUGCUUGCUGACUUUCUAACCACAACGUCUGCGGCACGUAAACUCAGACUGCAGCUUCACUGUACGUUGAGCAGAUGCGAAAGGAAAUCAGCAGAUGCUUGUGUUCCCAUAUUUCAACUGGGUUUUGGUUGUGUCUCGCUCCAACCGUCUUUACAAAAUAAUGGGUGCCUGAUCUUGUUACCCAUCUGUUGGCUCUGUUGUCGUCUGCUGAAGCUCUGACGUAUGAAGCAGCAGGAGCAGUGGUGACAGCAGAAGAUAUGGAGCAUGUUGUGGCUUUUGCCAGGUACAUUGUACUGUAACCCAUGUGGUUAUGUGAGCAGCAUACAACAGUGUAUGUGACAUGCCUCAUAGGCACAAUACAGAGCCGCAGUGUACUGUAUAAGGAAGCAGCUCCACAGUUUCACGUUUGUGCUCAUUGCAACAAAAUAUUCACACCCCUUAGUCUUUUUUUCUCUUUCUUUUCACAUUACGGCACAUUUAUGUUCAGACCUUCUACACAAAAUCUGUAACAAGACUUGAAAAAUCCUGUUCACAGAUGCUCUCCAGCCAAUCUGACUGUGUUCGAGCUAUUUUGCAAAGAGGAUUUUUAGCUUUAGCCGACACAAAGGCAAGCCACACUUUUGAGAUUUUAAUUUGCAACAACAACAACAAAAAAAA